AUGACCUCUCGCGACGCUCUUCCGCGGAGUCUGAUCCUACAGCACGAAAGCUUCCGGGCUCUCUUGGACGGCCGCCUUCUGCAAAAUGUCCCAGCUGAACCUGUUGGCCGAGUGCUCGACCUCGGCACUGGAUGCGGGAUCUGGGCUGCCGACUUUGCCAAAGAGCAUCCUGCUGCCACCGUCAUCGGCAUCGACGUGUUUCCCCAGCCGACCGUGGUACCACCGAGCAAUUGUUCGUUUCUCAUUCGGGACGCCGAACAAGACUGGGAUUUUGGCGACGGCGGCUUCGACUUGAUCCACACGCGCCUCGUGCCCUUUCACGCUGCUGCCGUGCGCUCGGUUCUGCGUUGCUGUUAUGUGCAUUUGCGGCCGGGUGGCUGCAUCGAAAUGCAAGAGGUCUGGCCGCCCUAUCGGACAGACGAGCCGGCCGGCGCGCCCGAGCAUCAGUCGUCGGUGAUGGCGUGGACCCGGCUCCGCUUGCAGGCUGCCGCGCGACUCGGCAUCGACCAGGCCAUCACGAGCCAGCUGCCGGCGCUGCUGGCCGAAGCUGGCUUUGUCGCCGUACAGUCGCAUGAGCUCAAGUGGCCGAUCGGGCCGUGGAUGGCCGACAGACACAUGCAGACGGCCGGCACGAUGCACACAGAGCUGCUCCGGUGCAGUCUGCAGGGCCUGUCGACCAAUCUGCUGGCAGAAAUCGGCAUGAGCGAGAGCCAGGUGGACGAGCUGCUGGUGCAGGUCCGGCAGGAACUGGGCGUCGGGAAGAUCUAUGCCCCCGUCCGGAUAGUGUGUGCGUGGAAGCCGGAGUCUUGA